GAUCCCGCCCCCUGGAGGAGGAGGAGGCGGCCCGUUGCCUUGUGACGCGGCUGGUUCGUUUGCAUGGCCCCGCCCCUCUGGAGGGCCAGUGACGUCAGCCCGGGCUCUGCAGGCAGGUGGUCUUGCCUCGCGCGCUGCGGCUGCAUUUGCUGCGAGACCAGGAGCGCGGCCCCGAGAUGGCUUCUGCGACCGAUGCCCGCUACGGCCAGAAAGAGUCCUCCGACCAGAACUUCGACUAUAUGUUCAAAAUCCUCAUCAUUGGGAACAGCAGCGUCGGCAAGACGUCCUUCCUCUUCCGGUAUGCCGACGACUCCUUUACCCCGGCCUUCGUCAGCACCGUCGGCAUCGACUUCAAAGUGAAGACUAUCUACCGCAACGACAAACGCAUUAAGCUGCAGAUCUGGGACACAGCGGGCCAGGAGCGGUACCGGACCAUCACCACCGCCUACUAUCGGGGUGCCAUGGGCUUCAUCCUGAUGUAUGACAUCACCAAUGAAGAGUCGUUCAAUGCCGUCCAAGAUUGGUCAACCCAGAUCAAGACCUACUCAUGGGAUAAUGCUCAAGUGCUGUUGGUGGGUAACAAGUGCGACAUGGAGGAUGAACGGGUGGUGUCUUCGGAGCGGGGCCGCCAGCUCGCAGAACAUCUGGGAUUCGAGUUCUUUGAGGCCAGCGCUAAGGACAACAUCAACGUCAAGCAGACUUUCGAGCGCCUGGUGGACAUCAUCUGCGAAAAGAUGUCCGAGUCCCUCGAUGCGGCUGACCCAGCGGUGACCGGGGCCAAGCCGGGUCCCCAGUUGACUGACCAACAAGCUCCCCCACACCAGGACUGUGCCUGUUAAAAAGACUUUGGUGUGGCGCCCCGACCCCCUCCCCUCUCUGUCCCUUCGGGAACCCAAAGCCCUAGACGCCCCACCCCAGUGUCGUCACCCCAAUGCUUACCCUUUUAUGCUGGGGGGGGGGGGGGGCGCUGACCCGGUAUAUGGGACUUGUGACUCCGUCCUUUUAUUUUGGGCGGGAGGGGGUGGCGGCGUGGUUGUCUGUGAGUGCCCCCCUCUCCUGGGUCCAGUGGAGGAAAUCUAAUUUAGGAGAAGCGCUUUUAAUUGUUCUGUUAGACCGAGUUUAUUUAUUUAUUGGGUUGUGUUUUUUUUUUUAAAAAAAAAAAAUCUCCCCCGUAUUUGCAAGUCUUUUCCUCUUCGAUUUUUGUUGUACUCUCCCUUCUUUUUGUGUCUAGCGUGGGAGAGGAGAUUCUCUUUGUAAUGGCAAUCCCCCUUUGCCCCUGCCCAAAUACCUGUGGGGGAAAGAUAUCCAUUGCAAAGUCCGUUCCGGCAAGCCAGGUUAAAGUCCCGCUCUGCCUCUGGGCACACCGUCCCCUCCACAGGUAGGCUACUGGGGGCUCUGUCUGGCCCUGUUCACCCAGCCCUAUCGUGGCUUCUCGGUCACAGAAGCUAGUGGGCAGCAUUGGUUAGGUCAUACCCUGCCUGACUCCAGCUGGGGCUUGUGUGCCUGAAUAUCUUCCCUCCAUGCCUGCCCACGGGCUCCGGUUAAAUUCAGACAUUCUCCCCCCGCAGGAAGGCCCUUUCGUUGGGAGGUGGGAUUUCAGAUGCAGUUACCCGCUUGCCUUUUUGCUGGCUGCUGGAGGGGCAAGUAUUCAGCUUCUUUGCCCCCCCUGGCUUGCUGACCCCAAGAGAGAACAGAGACACUCCCCCCCCCCCAGGCAUUUCUUGGGUGCCCAAUCUUGUUGAGUUCUCACCCCAGGGAGGCCUGUCUUCCUGUGUGUGCAGAAGAGUGGGGGCGGGGGGGGAAGCAGCCUCUCUCUCUGCAGUCCCUGUAAAUAAUCGCCUGUGUGCGUUUGGGUUCUCCGUUGGCGUGUGCGUGGAAGUCCUCAUUGCUGUAUCAUGCCUGUGCUGGUGGUAUUUAUGAUUUUUUUUUUUUAAAAAAAAACAAUACUGUGCUGGUUUUUCAGUUGCUUGUGAGUCAUAAAAUAUAUAAUAUAUAGCAUAUAUAUUUAAAAGGAAAACUGAGAUGGGCUGGGGGCAGAUGAAGGCUGGAAGGGGGGUUGGGCUCCUCGCCCCUCUUGCGGCCCAUUGGUCCUGCCCCAAGAGAAGGUAAGGAGCUCUGCCGUACCCAGCCCUCCCGUCUCAUCCCACCCCUCCAUGCCUGUAAUCAGUUUUCCUGCCUAGAACUGUGCAUUCUGUGGAUGAAUUCUCUGGAUGACCAAACCCACUGUUACAGCCUCCUCCCCCCCCCCCCCCUUUAUUUAUUCCUAGAGGGUUUUUGCCUUUUUUUUCUGGUUUUACAGAUACUUCAACACAAAUUGUACCCCUCUCUCCCAACACACACCCCUUUUGGGGAUAAGUUUACUUCUAUGGAAUUAAAAAAAAAAAAAAAAACAGCUGUACUGUAUUAAAAACAUACUAUCUUGGAGUUGUCAAAAUCAAUUUCCUAAAAAAGAAAAUGACAAAAAAAAAUCACUGUACUUAAGGAGAUAUUGUGGAGAAAUAAAAACAGCUGAUCACAGAA